UAGAACUGGAUGUGAAUGCAAAGAAGUAGGAAUGCAUAGAAAGCCAGCAGCUAAACUACUCCUCUACUGGCAAACAUAUCACUGUGAUGUCAUCUGUUGAUUUGUUUCGACUCCAAAAGCUGUGUUGUGUGAGCGACUUUUUUUAAGUGAGGAGGAGAAACAAAAUACAGGAUUUCCUUUAGUACAGUCAUAGCUCCCGUCUUCGAGCACCACUAGCACUUCUACCCAAUUCCUCAAGACGGUUUUAGAACUCGUGAUCCUGUAAAGAAAUCUGGAUCGUGGUGGAAACGGUGCUGCUAUAAAGCUCAAAAGAUGCAUCUGCUCAAAAGAAACCCCAAAGGCGCUUGCUUUUCUUCCUGUGGUUGCUACCGUGUCAAAGAAUGAAUGGAAACUACAGUGAGGUAUCUUCUGAUCAGCCUGUAUGGCCACUGACCUGAUCAAGAUGUUGAACAACCAUUCAUCAGAAAAUUGUCCUGGCCCUCCAAUGCAUUUCCAGGCCUCUUUGUAUGCAAUCAUCUACAUCAUCAUCUUUGUUCCGGGUCUCCUGGGAAACAGCAUUGCCCUUUGGGUUUUGUGCCACUUCAUCAAGAAGAAGAGCAAAGCAUUAGUUUUCAUGAUGAAUUUGACUGUAGCUGACCUGACCCACGUCGUCUCUUUGCCCUUACGGAUGUAUUACUACAUCAACCACAGCUGGCCUUUUGGGGGCUUCCUUUGCCAGCUCUGCUUCUACCUGAAAUACCUCAACAUGUAUGCCAGUAUCUGCUUUCUCACCUGCAUCAGCAUCCAAAGGUACUUCUUCCUACUUCACCCUUUCAAAGCCAAGGACUGGAAGUGCAGGUAUGAUGUGGCCAUAAGUGCUGCCAUAUGGACUGUGGUUGGGGCUGCUUGCUUACCUCUCCCAAUCCUGAGGAGUCCUCGCUUAUCAAACAAUACCGACAUCUGCUUUGCUGAUCUCGAAGUUCAGCGGUUGUCUAUGGGAGCCUCAAUCACUCUGGUGAUUGUAGCUGAAUUCUGUGCAUUUGUGGCCCCUGUUGUGAUAGUCAUUUACUGCACUUGGAAAAUGAGGCAAUCCCUGCAGGAGCCCCACAGUCCUUUGCAACACACCAAUGAGAAGCAGAAAGCUUGGCACAUGAUCUUAGGGUGCGCAGCUGUGUUUUUCAUAUGUUUCACACCAUAUCAUGUAAAUUUCCCUAUAUUUAUGAUGGUGAAACAAAACAUGGUCACAGACUGUUCUGUACGGCGUAGAGCUUUAUAUUUCCAUCCCAUUUCUUUGUGCCUCGCAAGCCUCAAUUGUUGUCUUGAUCCAAUUCUCUACUACUUCAUGACAUCAGAGUUCCGGGAAAGGUUCAAGUGCAGCAGUGCUCCCCCCUUGAGCUGCCUCAACAGUCUUGACAGCAGCAGCAGCAGAACCUCUGAAGUUGAGCUGAAAAGCAAGGCGGAUAACAAAAAUAAAAAUGUCUUAAUGGCAUACUUUUGGACUCUUAGGCCACAUGAUGGCAUGGAAUCUCCUCUCUCUUGUUAGCUAAGGGAUGGUUUACACAUGGGUUGUACUUCACUUG